CUCGCCCCAGGGCCCCGAAUAUGUAUGGACCGGCCCUGGUCUCAGCCUACGUCGACGGGCGGCGUGGUCCCUCUCCUCCAUCGAGUAGCGGCGGUGGCACGGGACGCAGCGGGCUCGGCCUUCGUCGUCGGCGGCGGGGUCCCUCUCCUCCCUCCACCAUCGGCGGCAGCACCGAACGCAACAGGCGGCCAGGGACACGACGAUGCGUGCAAGGCGCGGCGGCGAAGCUGAGGUACCGGCCCUUGUGGCACGGGGGCGAGACGGUGCCAUGGCGGCUGUGGGGUGAAGGGCGCGUGCGUGAAAGCGGCACGUUCCUUUGGCUUCCGGCGUGCCGCGGCAUGGACUUCCCUGCUGUCGUCGUGCUACAUGAUGCUAGCUCCUCCUUCCUCCCGCCGCUGGACAUGCACAGCACCAUUCCAUGCCCUCUGCCCGGUGGCCAGAGAAAGGCAUCGGUGAGAAAUAUGGAUGAUGCACGUGAACAGAUUGGCACUGCCAUCUCCACUGCAUUGAAGGAGAUCAAGCCCAUUUCCAUCAGCAUCAACUAGAACCUCCCCUCGACCUACAUCCUUGUCCUUUCUUUUUUCUCUCCCCAAGGUAAGUUGGCAUGCUCCCUGUACAUGCAUAAGGACGGUGAGAUGGAUAUGGGUUUUGUUUUACUGUUGUUGAUGAACUGCUCAUUUGCCAGACUGUCAAACCAGAUGAGCCUGAAAGGAACUAAGAGAAAUGACUAUUCAUUUACUAAUCUUGUCAUUCUCUGUAUUGUCAAUUUGUCAAUUCGACUAAUGCUUGAAUGUAUUAGUAGACAAAAUGACCUGUUUGUUGAUCAGCUAUGAUAUGUGUUUCCACUGGCUACUUGCCGCUUUCUGAGGGGCAGAUUUUAGCUUGAGAAGAUUUUUGCGAAAACAUAGUGGUGCUCUUGCUCUGAUGGAAAUUCAGAGUAGGGUGUUCCAAACUAGACUAGAUUGAUACACGUAGGAAUUUGUGAUUGAGUUUUAUGCUCAGAGCUACAUACAUGCUCGCAACGCUUAACCUAUCCUAGAGCUUUCAUUUCAUUUUUUGUGCUGCUACAAUCUGCCCAUUAAUCGGUAUUCUAGCUCCAUUAUUCGGUAUUCUAGCUGAAAGUUUCAAAGUUAUCAAUUGUUUUCGAAACUCGGUUCGUAGAGUGGCUGGUCCUUUUUUGGGACAUAUUUGUUGUGUCUUUUCCCCAUUUUGUCUUGUAUUUUGUCAUACACAGUUCAAUUAGCUAAUUGUUAUUAUGCCAUAGCUAAAUUGUGUAACCUAUUGCCGCUCUGCCAUGGGUCACAUGUCCAACCUUCAUACACCGCUUCACUAGGACUAACGCCGAAGUACAGAUGAUGGUAUGUAAGUUUUCACUAUUUCCUCAGUUGGUCUUUUUGUUUUUUCACGGUUUCUAACUGGGGUCCUCACACAUUUUUUGUGAGUGUACAUUACGGGCCACCUAGAAAAUUCCAAAAGAAAUUGCCUCUUGUUUGGACACCCCGAAGCACGGGCUGGCAAGACUAAGAUUGGGCAAAUAGAGCUUCAGGAGGACCGUUUAUGACACCUCACUUGACGGUCUAUUCUUCAAGCAAGUAUGGAAGAAGUUCCUCACGAGACAUGACAUGAGAUUGGCACUGCUAUACUAAUUACAUUUAAGACCGUCACCAACAAUGAGUUGGAGAUUAUAGUCAUCCUUUUAUGUCCUCUGAGAAGAUCAUGUUGGGCGAGUUCCGGGCUUUCAUGAGUUAUUUAGUCAUUUCUCAGCGUUUUUUUAAACCAUGGAGGAGAACUGCAUGUGAACUUCAUAGAUAUGAGAAGAAAAGAAUAAAGGCACGUACAAAGUUCAA